AUAAAAUUAGAGCAAGAGGAUUAAACAGACGAGAAUUCAGAGAAUAUUGUGAAAUGUUAGAGUUGGAAUAUGGCGAUCUCGUCCUUCAUUGUGAGGUGUGCUGGCUUUCUAGAGGACAGGUUCUGAGUAGAUUUUGGAAACUGAAAGAUACUGUUCAUAAUUUUCUAGAAGAGAAAUAUGAGCUGCCUGAGGAAAGAGACCUUUUAUGUGAUAACAAUUGGCUAUUUGAUUUAGCAUUUUUAGUUGAUGUUGCCAGUCAUCUCAAUGAUCUAAAUUUGAAACUCCAGGGCAAGAACAAAUUGUUUCCUAGCUUAGAAAUGAUAUCAGUGCAUUCAAGAUGAAGUUAAAACUGUUCACCUCUCAGUUAGAAAAUGAGGAUUUGAGCCAGUUUUCACACUUAAAAAGAGUGAGUGAAUGUGCUGAAGAUAAUGGCAAUUUUACAAAAUAUAUUGAAAAAAUCAGGUUAUUGCAAGAGUCAUUUGAAAGUCGUUUUCAUGAUUUUGCUAAAGAAGACUGCAUGCUUGCAUUUAUAAACCCAUUUUCACUUAGUGAAGAAAAAAUCAUGAAGAUGCCUAGUAACAUACAAGUGGAACUUAUUGACUUGAAAACAAAUAUAUUAUUGAACAUGAAAUUUGAUGAGCUUCCCUCAGUCCCAAAUGCUUCUGACAUGAUUAAUUUCUGGUGAUCAUUACCCUGUGAACAUAUUCCAAAACUAAGAAAAUUUGCCCAGAGUUAUAUCUGUUGUCUUGGAACGAUGUACAGAUGUGAACAAGCAUUUUCAGCCAUGAAAUUGAUUAAAAACAAAACGAGUUUGCAAUUGACUGAUACAAAUUUGAAGAAUUCUCUGCUGCUCUCAGUAACUAAUUUAACUCCAAAUAUUAAAAGCUUGGCUAAAUCAAAACAGACUCAAAAGUCUCAUUAAGUUUCAUAGCUCAAUCUACGAUGAGAGACACCGCUCAGAAGCAGAGGCCUACCCUCCAGGCACAGCAAUAGGCCACACUGGCUCCUUCUUUGAUAUUUCCUGUGUAACUGCAAUAUAUCUUUGGAGAGGAAGAAGCAUCUCAUCCCAGCUGGAAAGGUGCUUUGUCUGAAAUGAAGAUUUCUGUUGUAACUCAGUGAAAUCGACUGGCACCAGGGUGCUGAGAAUUCACCAACAUUUGUUCACCAGAGAUCAGUUCUUCAACUGAAUUGAUUGUGUGAGGGAUUCGCUCACUCAUUCCACCUGCUCAACAGUGGAAAGGGAUUCACACAUUCAUCUAAGGCAGGCCAGUCAGUUCACACCAUGAAGAGACAGUUCACCUACUGAGACUGUGGUAAGGGAUUCACUCAGUCAUCCGAUGUAAAGAGACACCAGCAAGUUCACACUUGCUCAGAUUGUACGAUGGGAUUCACUCAGUCAUCUAGCCUACAGUCACAACAUUCAGUUCAUAAUGAGGAGAGGCCAUUCACCUGCUCAGACUAUGGGAAGGGAUUCACUUCGUCAUCUCAACUGAAGGUACAUCAGCAAGUUCAUACUGGGGAGAAACCAUUCACCUGCUCAGACUGUGGGAAGAGAUUCACUCAUUCAUCCAACUUACAGAGACACCAGCAAGUUCACACUGGGGAGAGGCCGUUCACUUGUUCUGUGUGUGGGAAGGGAUUCACUCAGUUAUCCAGCUGAAAGCACACCAGUCAGUUCACUCUGGGGAGAUGCCAUUCUCCUGUUCAGACUGUGGAAAAGGGUUCACUCGGUCAUUUGGGCUGAAGGUACAUCAGCGAAUUCACACUGGGGAGAAGCCAUUUGCCUGCUCAGACUGUGGGAAGGGAUUCAUUCGGUCAUCUGACCUUCUGGCUCACCAGUCAGUUCAUACUGGAGAGAGGCCGAUCACCUGCUCAGAAUGUGGAAAGGGAUUCACUCACUCACCUAACCUACAGAGACACCAGCGACUUCACACUGGUGAGAGGCCAUUCAUUUGUUCUUUGUGUGGGAAGGGAUUCACUCGGCUAUACAGCCUACAGGCACACCAGUCAGUUCACACUGGGGAGAGGCAGUUCACCUGCUCAGAAUGUGGGAAGGUAUUCACUCAGUCAUAUGAGCUACUAGCCCACCAAUCAGUUCACACUGGGGAGAGGCCGUUCAUCUGCUCAGAAUGUGGGAAGGGAUUCAUUCGCUCAUCCAAUCUGAAGAGACAUCAGCGAGUUCACACUGAUGAGAGGCCAUUCACCUGUUCUGUGUGUGGGAAGGGCUUCACUCAGCUAUCUAGCCUACAGGCACACCAGUCAAUUCACAGUGGGGAAAGGCCAUUCACUUGGGAAUGGAUUCACUCAGUCAUGUCAACUGAAGGUACAUCAGCGAGUUCACACUGCGGAGAAGCCAUUCACCUGCUCAGACUGAGGGAAGAGAUUCACUCAGUUAUUUGAUCUAAAAGUACAUCAGCAAGUUCACAAUGGGAGGAAGCCGUUCACAUACACUGAAUUUGGGAAAAAAAUUCACUCAGUCAUCCAGCCUUGUAACACACUAUCGAGUUCAUACUGGGGAAAAAGUUUAAAUACUCUAAGCUGCAUGCUCGAUAUCAGGAUGUUUGGAUAUGACCCGUGCGAAGAGAGAGAGACACUGAAGCAGUUGACAGUUCACUGGCUUUUAGAUUAGAUUAUGAGGACACGCAGUCCUCUUUUAUUGUCAUUUAGUAAUGCCCUUGCAUUAAGAAAUGAUACAAUGUUCCUCCAGUGUGAUAUCACAGAAACACAAGACAGACCAAGACUGAAAAACUGACAAAAACCACAUAAUUAUAACAUAUAGUUACAACAGUGCAAGCAAUACCAUAAUUUGAUAGAGAACAAACCAUGGGCACAGUAAAAAAAAGUCUAUAAAGUCUCUCAAAAGUCCCAUUAUCUCACGCAGAUGGUAGAAGGGAGAAAACUCCCCCUGCCAUGAGCUUCCAGCGCCGCAAACUUGCCGAUGCAGCAUCCUGGAAGCACCCGACCACAGUCCGACUCUGACUCCAUCCGAAAACUUCGAGCCUCCGACACCGAGCACUGAGCACCAUCUCUGCCGAGCGCUUCGACCCCAGCCCCGGCCACCAGUAACAGGCAAAGCCAAGGAUUUGGGGCCUUCCCUUCCGGCGAUUCUUGAUUGCACAGUAGCAGCGGCAGCGAACCAAGCAUUUCAGAAGUUACUCCAGAUGUUCCUCCGUGCUUCUCACAUCUGUCUCCAUCAAAUCAGAAUUGUGCAUGGCCCCUACUUACAAAUACCGAUAUCAUUCACCGGAGAGGCCGCGCGCGUUGCGUCGCGCCAUCUUCUCCUCCCUCCCUCUUAUGCGAACUUCGUAGCAUUUUAAGACAACAGAAAACAAUAAAUGCUAGGCCAAUAAGGCUGUUAACUAAAGCUCUCUAACUGAAAGAUAAAUGCCAACACUGCUGCUGAAAGCAAUAUCUAAUUACUGAAUGAAUACCAGUCCUUUCCAGCACCAGUCAAAACAGUAGACCUCUUUCUCAGACAACUUACUUCGCUCAAGUCUCGACUACAACAAAAAGAAGAGAGUUAAAUACUGCCAUAAUGAACCAGUAAUUAGCUGAAACUUGCACAUUCACGAGCAUCAUCCAUUGGGAUAUAAGACCGUUCCUCAAGACUAGGUUAUGUGGUCGGCACAACAUUAAGGGCCUGUAAUGUGCCGUAAAUUUCUAUGUUCUAUACCCUUCACAAUGCACAAUGUAGUGAAUCUUGCUCCGUACCCGGCGAGAUGCCAGGAGGCACUCCACAUUAUAGACCAGGGAACUGUGGAAAUAUGUUCAAAACUUUGAAAUUUUUUUAUGUAUUUAAUCUAGUACCUGUAUAAGCCUAGAGUGUUUUUCUAUGAGUGUAUACAUGAAUGAAAACAUGUAAACUUCUGAUUAUUGAGUAACCAGGGGAAGGUAGCUAAGGAGGAGAUUGGUAUAUUGUGUGGCCUUGAAUAGAAGAGAAACAAGACUGCAGCUGCUGAAUGAGAGGACUGAGCCAGCCAGAACAGUUAACAGCCAAAGAUUUAUAAAAACAGACUCUGUAAGCUGUAAAAUGGAAGCCGCCUGCCAUCUAGUGUGAGGAGUGGACGAGGACUACGUCUUGCAAGUA